AUGGCUUUAGCCGGUCAACGUAAGGUUGCCUUUGGAUUCGAAAAGGCCUCACUAUGCUUUCCGGAGCAACGUGCCGGAACAUGGCAACGUCAUAAAUUACGAGACACCGGGGAAAUGGCCGUACGGAAGCGACCAAAAGCGCUGACAGAGCCGAGUCAGAGCCGAGGCCUACCGAUGGGAAUCCCGCGGCCCGCCGCCAAGACCCAGCUGAUUUUGACCAAUAAUGAGCAACAUGUUUCAGGAAAUUCUUCUUUCGCACACAAAGGCGGAAUUUUGUUUCAUUCCGUAUAUCGGUGGAAAAACACUUUGCGACAGCUCACUAGCAAAUCCAUCAGGCAGUUCUUUUUUUGGGCCGCAGUCUAUCAAAAUGGGAGCUAUUAUGAUCAGGUCCGGGCUGAUAUCGCGUCCGCGAGACACCUUGAACUAUACAAAGCUACGAAAGACGAAGAGGACCUUCCUGGCCUAGGAAAGCAUUAUUGCGUCGAGUGCUCCAAAUGGUUUGAGAGCGAGCAUAAUAUGGCCGCCCAUACGAAGGGCAAGAACCACAAGAGAAGACUCCGCAUCUUGCGCGAAGAGGCACACACACAGAAGGCUGCUGAGGCUGCCGUCGGCUUGGGUACAGACAAUGGUGUGAGGUCGCAAGAGACCACCGAGAUGGUCAUUAUGGAGGAUUAG